AUGGCUAUGGCUGCAGUGUUGGUAUCCACAGCUUGGAUGGGCUGCGGCACGGAAGCGCCGCCAACUGGCGAUGGGUGGGCAAGAGGAUAUCCAGGAGACUAUCAUUACCAUUACACGUUUCCAGCUGCUGAGGCUCUCGCUGGUGGUAGCGCUGGUUCUGCUGCUCGUCUGUGUGCCGGAAACGGAUGCUGGAGGAUACCAGAAAAAAAGAAGAUCGUAAUACACGUGCCCAUUCACAAGAAGAUUGAGAAGCACAUCCACACCGUGGUGAAGCAUGUCCACCAUCACCACAAGCCCCUCGUUCUCAAGGAGGAGAAGAAGGUAAUCCACGAGGAUCAUCGUCCCAUACAGAUCCAUCAGACCAAGGAGCACUUCCAUCAUCAUUCACUGCCGUUGGCAGCGGCGGCGCCCCCGGCUGUCCCAGAGCCGGAGCUUGAGGAGGAGGAGGAGCACAUCCAUCACCACCACAACUACGAGCACAGGGGCGGACUGCGGGACGACUUCAUCGGCGGCGACGGGAGCAGCAGCGAGGAACGCUGACUAUGCAGCGCCCCUCGGCGGCGCAGACUGAUUCGAUCGUGGACCGAUCGCACAUGGACGGGCCACUCCAUGUGAUUCCCUAGACACGUACUUCAUUUUUGUUUAUUUUUUUUUGUUUAGUCUUAAAACAUAGUAUCUUAAGUAUGGGUAAUUGAAAUAAAGCUUAGCCGGAGCAAGGGAGAUGCACCUUAGGGUAAACCGCA